UCCAAGCCCAUGUUACCAACUGAGAAAGCUUUAGGAUACUUUGAUACCUAUUUCAAACCAGUCUAUGGUGAUCUUUGGCCUUCAAUUAGAGUUUCACUUCUCUCUGGCCAAAAAUAUGGAGCUGUAUUGAACAAUUAUUGUCAGAAUGAAACCGAGAACUUCUUAAAAGACCUUGGUGCUAAGAAUAUGAUUGAAAUAGCUCAAAAUGCUAAAAGUGGCUGGAAUACCUCAGAUGUGGAUUCUGUGAACAAAGAUGGUGAAAAAUUAGAUUUACCAGAAAAUCUGAAAGUUUUUACUUAUAAACCUGGCAACAUUUCUGAUUUUCCUCCCCCUAAACCAGACAAAUCAAAACUGUUAGGUUAUUAUUUAUUAGAUGCUUCAUCAAUAUUACCAGUAAUUAGUUUAAACAUUAAACCAGGUGAAAAGGUUUUAGACCUAUGUGCAGCACCAGGUGGUAAAACAUUAACUAUGCUUCAAUCUUUGAUACCAGUGUAUAUAACAAGCAAUGAUAUAUCUGCUAGUAGAAUAGCCCGAUUAAAAACAAUUUUAAAGUAUUACGUACCUUUAUCUCAUCAGUAUGUAGAUACAUCAUGUGUUGAUGCCCGUCAACUUUCACUACCUCAUAGUUUUGAUAAGGUUUUAGUAGAUGUACCAUGUAAUUGUGAUAGAGUCAGUCUUCUAUCAGAUUCUAAUAAUAUAUUUUCACCAGUUAGGGAAGACAAGAGACUUAAAAUGUCUGCACUUCAAAAGGAUAUUCUUGUAUCUGGUAUUAAACAUUGUAAACCAGGGGGAUCUAUUGUUUAUUCAACCUGUACAUUAUCACCACCACAGAAUGAUGGGGUUAUACAGGCAGCAUUAGAACAAAUCUGGCAAAAUACUCCAAUUGAUGUCAGUGUUGAAGACAUUUCAAUCAUAACUCAACAAUUUAAAGACACAUUCACUUUUUUUCAUAAUUGUAGGCAUGGACAAUUAGUGAUUCCCUCCUUAACCAAAAAUUUUGGACCCAUGUAUAUUGCUAAAUUGAACAGAAUAAAAUAG